AUGGAGGAAUACGAAAUCCUGGAAAUAUACAGAGAAAUAUCGUCGAAAAGCACCUACGACUUCAAGAUGUUUUUAUUUGACGGAAAAAGCAUUUCUGUUAAGAGAGUUUCUGACAAGAUGAAGGCCAGAGUAAGAAAAGGGAUGUGUUACAAACAUGACUGGAUCAAGGCUGAGGAGCAUGAGGACGGGAUAACCUUUGAGAUUAUUGAGCCAAGGGCCUAUUCUUAUAUAUCUCUUCAUGGAAGAGAGUUUAAUUCCGAUACCUAUCUUACCAUAAGAAAAAGCGAAAAGAUCAUAGCCUCAGAGGAGGAGGCUGGUGCGGAACACAGUCGUAGACCCGAUAAUUUCCACACCGCUCCAAAAGAGUUUCCUAAAAGAAUUCUUCUUCCGUUCCUGAAUGACACACUCCCCUACAGCUCCCUUGAAGUUCCAACCAUCAAAGGCAACCUUGUUCGUGGCGAUAACCAUAAACCUGGUGAGCUCUAUUUGGCAGGUUCCUACAAAUAUAUCACUGUGGAUAAGUGGUAUGGAAGUUCCUGCCAGACCCCUAUAAUCGGAAGGGUUGGAUAUAAAACUAGGAUGAGUUCUGUGACUUACACCAGAAAGUAUCCCUACUAUUUUCUCAUUCUUCUAACCUCUUCAAGACACCUCCUCAAGGUGUUUGUCUGGGGAGAAGACCUCCCGUAUUCUUCGAUGAGGGUUGGGGAUGCAAUAGGCCUGGCCAAGUACAGGGAAAAGCCCGUUAUAGAAGGCCCUCCUGUUGUGGAACAUAAUAGGUUUACGGAAGCUCGAUACUUUCGCUGCAAGGAGGUUAGUGCCAAAGAGAUAUUCAGGAUUGAGCUGGAGAAGUAUGAAGAGAUGCCAGAGCCCAUCUUUACUGAGGCGUUUGGAAAGGUGGAGUAUCUAAGCGUUCUGAACAGGAGAAGUGCGGGGUAUCUUGAGGAAUACUAUCUGAUUCGAAUGGGAAGGUGUAGAGUUCUUCUGUUCUACAACUCGUCGAAGGAAUUUCAUGAAAUAGAGGUGGGCAAGUAUGUGAGAAUCACCAACCUAAGGGCUUCAAAGUGCAGAAGGUCAGAGUUUCAUAUUUCAACAAUUUAUACGCAGAUAGAGUUCAAAGAUAGCGCAGCCUCGCGUCCGUCUCCAGGGGCUGUGGUUUCUCCGAAAAGAAGAUCCUAUGGCAACGAAGAAAGGGCCAAGAGAAGGAGCUACAUGGCAAUCAACUUUGAGGAGUCCGAUGAUAAAGACGCUUUUCUGGAAGAAGUUGAAGAACCCUCACAGGGCAACCUUAUCUUUGGAGCCAUGGGCUAUAUCCCUGACGACUUUUCAAGUGUUGAGGAGAUGUACCUGUCCCACAGAGAAGAAAUAUCCGGUGAUUUGUGCGAAAUAGUUCCUUUUAUGGCACCUUUGGAAGUGAAUCUGAAGGACAUUUAUGCUGAGGCGGAAAAGUUGGUGCUGAACGAGUCCAAAAAGUAUGUGGUCGAUGCCAUAUUGUCUGACGUUGAUUUCUCGAACUUCAUAUUUGACGAAUCUCCAACUCUUGUGGAUGGUACAUCGAUAGCUUACUUCAACAACGGAAUUCAGAUGCAGCAGCUGCCCGGAUACAUAAGUAUAUGCAACGAGGUAACGGUUAUCGUUUACUUGUUCAACAACUUCUGGAUGGACGAAUUCGAUUUGGAGUCUUUGUACAAGCUGGGUGGAUGUUCUUCGCUUGAGGAAUUGAAGGCCAUGAAGGGAAGGGGGAUGAAGUUUGUGAUUGACGCCUUCCGGGCCUCCGAAGAAACAGUGAUAUUCUGCCUGACCAAGGUUUUUAGAUAG